AUGCUCGCUGUUCAACGUCCUAGUAUGGGUUCGUCGAAGCCACCGAACCUCGAUAUGCCCUUUGGCUACUCGUUUGAUACCAACUCGAAUUUCCCUUUUCCCUCUCCUACAGCCCCUGCACCCGGACCCUCUCUACUCGACGAUAAUGAAUCGAAAUUUCUAGACAGCUUCUUCGAUGGAGUCAGUUCAGACCAGUUCAACUAUGAUUUCUUUAGCAAUCAACCGGAUGGAACCGAACUCGGCCAUGGAUGGGAUGAAAUACCACCGGCUUUCAUGGGCACAACAUCUUCAUUUGGUCAACAACCUCAACUUGGGUCUCAUGCAGUACCAGAUAUGCACUUUGGGGAGAUGAGCUCACAUGUGAAUGCUGGUCCAUCGAUACCACCGUCAACGUCCGCGGAUGUUUUGGCAGCAGCAUCAGUGCUACAGAAUGGAUCUGCUGCCCGCUCACACAGCAUGAGUGAUGGUUCAUUUCGCGGGCACGAUCUUCAUGGCGUAAAUGGGCAAUCUAGGACUCAAUCAAUGUCGAUACAUCCUUCUAGGACACAAGCAGGCUUUGUACAACGACCAGACAAUUACAUGCAGGACAAUUUCUUCACGGACAUGGUAUUUGGAGGCCAAUCGGAGGGCUCGCUGCGGCAGGCAACGAGUCGAAAGGUCGACAUCCACUGGGGAUCAGAUGUAGCAUUCGGUACACCUCAAGGCUUCGUUGCUCCACCCAGCCAAGAGCAACAUCUUGCAUCAGGAGGUGCUUACAAACAAGUUGUGGAGAACGCACUUACUCUGAACCCAAGUAGCGCGGACACCACCCGACCAUCAAGUCCCGUCAUGACUAAAAUGGAAGCUCGCCCGAGAGCUAUAUCCAACGCAAAGGAGAUCGAAGGGGACGAUCAGGAUUCACGGCCAAAGAAACGGAGGAAGAGUAAAUUUCAAGAAGAACCUGACGAUGAAGAGGAGUCUACGGCCGUGGUGAGCAAAACCACCAAGAAACGCAAACCAGGGAAGAAAGGUUCGAUCGAAUCCCCGGCCCCCGAAUCAGAAAACAACAAGAGACGUAAAUCAACUGCCGCAGCAGCGGCAAAGGCAAGAGAAAAUCUCACGGAGGAUCAGAAACGAGAGAACCAUAUCAAGAGUGAGCAGAAGCGAAGGACGCUGAUCCGUGAAGGGUUUGAGGAUUUGGGCGAGCUAGUACCUGGUCUCAGAGGCGGAGGAUUCAGUAAAAGUGCAGUCCUCAUCAUGGCUGCAGACUGGCUGGAAGACCUGAUAAAGGGGAAUGAAGACCUUCAGAGGAGGCUCGAUCAAAUGGAAGGCAGAUUAUAG